AAGGGAGGCGAUUGUGAGCGCUUGGGGUUUCUGACGGACCCCGCCCCGGGGGUGGGGCCGGGAGUGGUCACGUGGAGGGGCGCACCGUCCCCCGAGCCCCGCCCCGCCCCGCCCGCCCCCGCGCUCGGGGCCCUCCGCCUAGCAGAGGUCUGGAGCCAGAAGCCCAGAGACAGCCGAGGGCGCCGUGCGGGCUCCGGACGCUCGCUGCUCUGCCCGAUCCCCGCCAACUGUGCAGGCGGCUGACCCGCAGCGGCAGCGGCAGCAGCGAGGACUCGAGCGCUGGCGGCAGCGACACCAUGGAUCUCUCCUUUAUGGCCGCGCAGAACAAAGACAAAUCCCGGAUUUCUCCAUCGGUCUGUGGCCCUAGAGAAGACCCAGAGCUGGCUCCAGGGAAGGGCUGCAUUUGGCCUGGGAGACUGCCCAUGAUGGGAGGAGCUUUCAUGGACUCGCCCAAUGAGGACUUCAGUACCGAGUACUCCCUGUUUAACUCCUCUGCCAAUGUCCACGCGGCUGCCAACGGCCAGGGCCAGCUGGAAGAUCCUCCUCGGUCCUCCAACGACGCCGUGUUGCUAUGGAUUGCCAUCAUAGCCACGCUGGGGAACAUUGUGGUGGUGGGCGUGGUGUAUGCCUUCACCUUCUGAGGACGGCACACCCUGCACCACCAUGGGGUGAGGCUUGGCACGUAGCUCUGACUUGCUGUUGGCCUUUGGCUUCUCCUGGGUUCUAGAACCAGGAGUUUUGACCAGGGGCAGCGGCCGUCCUUCUGGAAUUUCCCCCCAGCAGCCCUGAUUUCAAAAUAUCCCACGUUGUGGUCAAGCUGAGUCAGAAGACAUGGAAGUAUGGGUCUCCCACCCCUAGAGGCAUGACGGGGCAAGGCCUUCAGAGGGAAGAUUGGGGAUCAUUGAAACUACAUUCCAGGAACAGGAGACCAGAUGGGACAGCUAGUUAGGUUUAAAGCAUAGACAAGGUUUUGAUGAUCACUUGCUGGUGGUAAAUAAUCACUCGUGUGUCUUGUUUUUAUGCAAACUUAUCGAACCUAGGGCGUGGGGUGCUGGGGCAAGAGCAGCCCUCAGAACUUCAGUGUUCCCGACCCAAUUCUGGUUUCACAUUCAGUCCCUUGGCCGUCAAGUAGGGCCAUUGGAUGUUCCUAAUUUGACUUUGAAAUGGCACCUUUGUCACGAGACACCCGGUCCCUUCCAGGACCCAAGUGCACCGGGACACCCAGGGCUGGGGGGUUACUGGUAAUAGGGUAGGGUUUCUGGGGGUGUUGUUGGUGGUUUUUAUCUCUCUUCUUUUUAAGAAGAGGAGAGGAUGUCUUUAGAGCUAGAUCUGCCAGGCAGUGGACUCUUCAGGCCACCCACCUGAGGAUGAUGUUUCUUCUCUGAAGAAUCGUGGAAUUUUAAAGAUGAACAAGAUUCAUGUCCACUGAAUUAUUCAACGGAUGGGUCAGAAAGGGGGGUGAUUUGCUUGUGGUCACCAGGCAGGUUCAUGGAGGAUGCAGAACAGAAAGAUGUGUCCUCACUCUCAGCUCACUGUGCUCUCUGCCCCAACUAAGCACUUCCCUGAGGAGGCUGCUGAGAAGCUGCCCUCAGGAGAAUGUCCAGGCAUCUUGAAGGUGGAUGCAAGAUUGUCAGGCCGCUCAGAUACCCGUCCUUGACACUCAGUGUGGAUACCGUGCAUUCUCCUGAAGCUGUGAAAGUGCUUCUGCCCAAGCCACUUCCUUAAAUUCUGAAAAAUCUGCAUCUGGGGUCCUGGCAAACGAGGAAGCUUCCAAGUACAAACCAGAGAGAAGGGCACACUUUUCUUUCUUCAUGAGGAAAUCUUAUUGCACAGGACCCACCCCCACCCCCACCCUCCUUUCCCAAGGCAGCCUCCCAGUGCAGAUAGAGUGGGAAAGUUCCCAGAAGGGGGCUCACUCACUUCUAGGCCCAGAGAGGCUUUCUCCUCAGUCUAUACACUGCAAAAACAGAAAAACUGUGUCAAUAACACCCUUUGUGGUGGAGAAACUUAAAAAGCUGGUUAUGGAGAAACUUAAAAAGCUGGUUAGGAAGCUCUCGUGUAUAUUUAGGGACAAUUACAAGAAAGCUGGACUUGCCACUGUGGUCUCAGGAGAAAUGAGUGUUCUUGAUGACAGGCAAAGGGAUGUCUUAGUUGUCCAGAAGCGGCACUCUUCCCUGGAAGCUGCCAUGAUAAUGGGAUUACCAGCCUGGCUCCAGACAGUGCCUGCUUAUGGCUGCCAGUUCUUACUGAUCACAUCCGUCACUGCCGCCGUAUAUCAUCUGCCAGUGCAUCAGCUUAAGGGGAGGUCAUGGGCGCAAAAGAACCUGACCCUUGGCAAUGAGGGAGAAGGGACAUGGACCACCUGCCUGGAAUUCCUGGAAUCACUGACAGGGCGGAGGCUGGGCUGGGGAGUUAGCUGCGGUGUGCCUAGAUGGCUGUGUCUCCAGCAAGUCUCUCUCCAUCAAACCCCAGGUCUGCCCCAUAAGCAAGAUCUUUAACAGAUAGAUGUCUCCAUGAGAAAACCCAAGACGAGAAGCCCAGAGCCAAGGCGGGGUUGCUUGACGUCCUCAUGGAGUCACUCUGCCCCACAUGCUCAAAUCUCCCCUCUGGCCCCACAUCCCUAGGAGGGCCUGACCCCUGUAAAGAUGUAGGAGGCAGCUCCCUGGCCUCCAAAUGGCCCAUAGAGAUGGCAGUCGGGAGACAGGGUUCUGUGCGUGCUGCGGUGAAGGGAGGAGAAGACAGGAGAAAAGGAUGGCUUCCAGCCCUGAAGAGGACUCCAGCAGCCCAGGCACCGGGUGCUUCUGGCUGCGGAGUUUUCGCUAUGGAGGCCCCUCAGCCUCCAGCCCUAACAUAAAUGUCAGUUAAAUUCAGUUUUCAAGCCUCUCUCCCUUUUCAGUGUCAGAACAGUAGAUGGUCCAGGGCAUUGGAGGCCUCGACCACUCAGCAUUGCAGAUUACAGUGACUUCCUCGGGGUUGCCCCAUCUUGGUCUCCUAUGGUUUCUUUAUCAACCUUUUUUUACCACCAUCUCUCAAAUAACAAUAAAGAUAGAUGUGCCCAUUAGCGUCUGAUUAAGGAGCAAAGGAUGGAUUUCUGGCCACAGCGAGCUGCACUCUCCCUCCUGCCUCAGUAGGGGUCCGUCUUAGCAGUCCGGAAAGGGGAAAAAGAUGCCGUUCCUCGCUGCUUGAGUUUUGUGUCCAGGUGCCACUAGACUUGCAUACACACUAACUCCUUACAAUCACCACGCAGCAUCAGCACCCCAGUGCACAGAUGAGGAACCAGAGGCUCAGAGGAGUGAAGUCGCCUUCCUGAGGUCACAAAGCAUGAAAGUGACGAGCUAGGAUUUGAACCUGGGAAGUUGGGCUUUAAAGCCAGGCUCUUUCUGCCACACUGUACUGCCUUCUGUGACUGGGUGGCACCUCCAGGGCACAUUUACACCAAGCCCUGAAUCUGCAGAGACUGUUUCUCGAGAUACCCGUCAUGGUGUGGCCUGGGCCACCUCUGGCUUCCACAGGCCCCUGACUGUUUUCAGAGUGGAACGUGCUCAACCUCCCUCCCAGUGCUCUCUCUCUGCCCAGAUUUCAGAGGUGUCAGUCCCCAAGGCCUGCCCUCUUCUUUAAGACUGAACUCAAGUCUCCUUGGAAGGCCCCAGUGAAGCUCCCAGAGACUGGUUUUCUUGGGAUGCAGGCAGAAGGGGACCCUCCCUGGCCAACACCCAGGAGCCCAACAGAAGCACCCACACAUAGAAAGAGGCUCACUGCAGCCAGAAGUGCAGAGUCAGAGUCCUGGGACUAUCUUGUUCUGCAAGGUGACCCCAGGCUCCCCAGGACAGGGGAGAGGGAUCGUCCUCGUUCAGACUCUAGCUGGGGCCUCUGUACUGGCUUCUCCCUGGGUGGGGUUACCUGUUAAAUAGCUGUGCCUUAGAGAAAGGGUCCUGCAUUUUCUGGAAGGCUCUCUGGGCUUGCCCCUUUGUGUGCCCCUCCAUUGCUCCUCUAUAAGCAAUUAGGUGAUUCAAAAGAGCAACUUAGGCUGGGCGCAGUGACUCACGCCUGUAAUCCCAGCACUUUGGGAGGCCGAGGCGGGCAGGGACAGGAGUUCGAGACCAGGCUGGCCAACAUGGUGAAACCCUGUCUCUACAAAAAAUACAAAAAUUAACCAGACAUGGUGGCAUGUGCCUGUAAUCCCAGCUACUUAGGAGGCUGAAACAAGAGAAUUGCUUGAACCAGGAGGCGGAGGCUGCAGUGAGCUAAGAUCACACCACUGCACUCCAGCCUGGGCAACAGAACGAGCCUCUGUCUCAAAAAAAAAAAACAAAAAAAGAAAAAGAAAAAAAAAAAAGAGCAACUUGCUGCUUUGUGAGGUUGUGAGUGGUUGAGAAGAGGCCAGAUGCCGCUGUAGCCAGGCCUGGGACCCAGGCAGGAUGAUGGCGCAGCUCUUCCUACUCCAAGCCAACGCCGUCCUUCCCCUUUCCCAUGAAAUCAAGGUCAAGAGGCAUAUAAGACUCCCUGCUCCACUCUACCCCCCAGAGAGAAAUGAUUCUCUCUCCUUUCAGAUCCCCCAGGAUCUGAGGGAGAAAGGAUGGGAGGAAGGGCAGCAGCAUUUUGCUGGAAAGGCAGCAGACGCUUUUCCAGCCCCGGUUCAGCUGGAAGGCUUGGAGGCCGGCCAGACCACUCUGGCGUAUCCUGAAGUGGGUCCCUGGAGACCAAAGAGGCUCAGUGGAGUCUGUCUGUUGUCAGCGCUGCUGCCUGAUCCCUGCAGAACAAAUGGCACUCUCCUUCUUCAGAAGCAUCAUCUGCUUUCGUUAUUAGCAGUAAUAUUAUUACCAGUUAUUAUUCUUACUGGUGCCUGUUUUGCACAUCUUUUUGUUGCUCUAUUUGUAUCUCAUUUACUUCUCAAAUUGCCCCUGGGGGCAGGAAUGAGGAUGCAGAGAGAUGCACAUUAAUUACUGUCCCAUUUUUCUGUGGAGAAAACUGAGGCCAGGGCUGAUUGCUCACAGCUAAGGAGCUGUGAUUCAGACCCAGUUCUGUCAGCUCUAGAGGCACCCUGCAUCCACGCCCACCAGGGUGAUCCCCCUGGAAUGGACCAUCUCGGGAUAUGGGGCCUCGGAGGCUGGGGUUGAUGUUUGGUCCUGAAGAGCUUGUAGCCAGAUUGCCACGUUCAAGUGUAAGUCCAGGAAACGGGCAGGCAGCAGUGCACAUGGAUUUAUCAGUUUCAGAACCUCACAGUGAUAAGAGGCUUUAGAGAGCAUCUAAUCGAGACCUUUAAUUUUUCAGGGAGAGCAGCUGAGGCCAUGUGGAAAAUUAGUGGAGAGCUGACAAGUGUCUGGGCGCCUGGCCCAGGGGUCUGUGGUCUAGCACGUUGUGCGUUUGGUGGGAAACAAAGGGCUUGCCCGGGAUUACCUGCUCCAGCCCCAAGGUGGGUUGUGCUCGCCGCAGCUGCCACCAGCCCGCUUUGCUUCAUCCUGGCAGAUGCCCAGUGAUUGUCCCUGAGAAAGUGCCAGGGUUGGGCUGAGCUGCUAUGACAGGGAGGCCCAGGGAGUUCUGCUCAGGGAGCCAAAGGGAACAGCCAGAGCCUGAAUGUUCUAUGUUCACCUGCCCCAGCCCCUCCCACUCUGGCCCACUCCACAGGCCCCUGACCAUGGUCACUCACUGAGAGGGAUGGAGGAGAAGGUGGCUGAACUGAGUACUGAGAACCCAGGGGACAGAGCCCACAGCUUCCAAGCAGGAAAAGGGACCUCCCUGAAAAAUCUGGAUAACCAGAAUUAUCACAGCACCACGCAUUCCCAGCACGUCCUUCUGAGAUCAGACCUUGGGCAUUUACUGGGUUUCUUUGUGAGGAGAAGGGAAAGUGACAAAGGGCAAAACAAUGCAAAUCAUCAUGACUGAAGACAAUAAAAGACUCCCCAGAGUGAGAAAACAGUUACUGCCAGAAGCAGAAUGGAAGAGCCAAAAAGUACACAAAAUUGACUCCAUGAAUUUUGAAAUAAAAGCGUAUAGUGUGUUCUGAGUCACUGUAGAAGUCAUGCAUUUAUUAUCAAGAUAGAAAAGAGCAGAGAAUGACGUGGACAUUGGCCCUUGGAGAGGCUGCACAGGUGGUGCGGUCGCUGGGGGAUUCCAGAUGUGGGUCUUUUGACCGUGGCGGCAGCCUCGCACCUGCCCAGAUGGCUGCAUCCAGACAUUUGGUAAAGCUAUCAUCUGCUCUUGGGUCCUUUUUCAAGCUGGUUUCUAGCCUCCCCGAGAGGAGUUUUGAGCCCCAUUCUGCCUUGGAAAUAAAUCCUGACAGAUGUGCACAGCAUAUUUCAGGGAAUUUGCAGGCCUCAAUUAUUGGGGGAAUCAGAGCCCAUUCCACACUGAGCCCCGUCCACGUGGCUAAGCAACACCCCUGUGUCCCCUGUAUCUGUCUCACUGGCUGUCUUUCUGCCAGUUUCUUAAAGAACCACACAUUACCGCGUUUGCCGUUCGAAGCAUUGUCCCAACAAUGCAGAUGGUUCUGACAAGGGCUCUAUACGCUGGCAGAAGGGAGCUUCCAACCUUUUAACUUGAGGAAACUGAGUCUCUGAGAGGCUUGGGAGGUUGCCAGGUGGAGCUUUUCAGGAGACAGAGGUCUUGAGCCCAGGACACCUAACUAUUAAGUUUUCACUAGGAGACUUAGUGGUGGCUUUCAUGAGGCCAGUCAUUCUCAAGGAAGGGCUGGGGGCCAUCAGCAAUACCUGGAGACAUUUUUGAUUCUCACAGCUUGGUGGGGGCUGCUACUGGCAUUUCAUAGGUGGAGGCCAGGGAUGCCACCGAACAUCCUACAAUGCACAGGGCAGUCCCCCACAAAUAAGAAUUAUCCAGCCCCAAAAUGCCAAUAGUGCUGAGGUCAGGGGACCCUGCGCUGGGCCAUCCUAUCUCUGAUUCUAAAACUAUGCCUGCUUUCUUCUUUUCCCCAUUUGUGGGUCAUUGAGUAAAUCAAAGCUCUUCUGAGCAGCGGCAGUGAUCAUGGUCACUGCCCUGAGUUCAGAUGCCAGCUGAGGACAGUGAUCUGGAACUCCCAGCAUGUCAUAUGGGUCUUUUAGAAAUCCAUGUGACUGUUUCCACCAUCUUGGGCAUUUGUGGGGACCCCAGACUGGAGGGAGAAAGCCCUACAAAGUGGAUGGGAGUGUGGGGCUGAACUUUUCCCUACCUUUAACUUUGUGUCUCUGGGACCUCCAGGGACCUGGCCCCUCACCAAUGCAUCUGGGGAGCAUGCUUGGGGAAGAGCUUAGGAAUGGGGUGGGCACGGGAGUGCUGGGUAGCAACCUUUGAGCAAAUCUGCAUCUUCUCUUAUUUCUGACCUUUUUCCAUGUGCCCAGUCCUAUUUCCGCCAGUUGAAGGCGUACUAAUAUUCUUUAUACUAUUUAAUCUUUUGCAGAAACCUUAUUAUUGUAACUUGCUGCCUCCAGAUACCAGUUCUUCAUGCUGAGAGCAUCGGAAAUGUUUCUGUGUCUUACUUAUGUUUUCAUGAUCAACUUGUAAAUGUAACCAGUUGACUUCAUAAAAGGUAUUUUAACUAUUUUUGGAGUCCUUUGCUACCCAAGCACCUGGUUUCGCCAUGCGAUCACUGACUUUUCUACAGUGAAGACUCUUUCUUAAUGUAGGAUUUUGCUGUGCUCUUUUGAUUAAAAAUAUCUAACCUUAAAAGAUGUAAAAAUGUAUCUGUGAAAUCUCACUUUGCUAGUGUUGUUGCUGUUGUCAUUUUCUAUUAUGAUAAUUGAAAAGAGAAAAGAAGAAAACAUGAACUCCUC